CGCUCCCGGCGGCUCCUGGCGGGGGCUCCGCGCGCUCCCGGCGCGUCCCCGCAGGCCCCGCGCGGGCAGAUGGGGCUGCGGGCGCCGGCGCUGAGGCGAUGGCGAAGGCUCCGCGCGCAGGCAGCAGUGACUCAAAAAUGCCAGAUCCUCUUCAGAAAGCCAAAAUCUCUGCACUGUGAAAGUAGAGUCUUUCAGAUGUGAUGCAGGCAGUCCACCUACAGUCGUUGCAGGAAAAGCUGGCCCGCGUCGAUUCAGUGGUGCUCAGUGGCACAUGCAGAACGUCCUCAAAGACUCUGUGGAGAGCUCCGAUGAUGAAUUCUUUGAUGCACGAGAAGAGAUGGUGGAAGGGAAAAGUGCCAUUCUCCUAGGCAUGAGCCAGUGGAACUCAAACGACCUUGUUGAGCAGAUAGAAACAAUUGGGAAGCUGGAAGAAAAUCAAGGUGAAGAGUCUGCAUUUUGCUCAUCUGGCUUAUUACAGGAAAAACAACGUGAAUUAUAUAGAGCCUCUUUAAGAAAACAAAGGUUCCCAGCACAAGGCAGUAUUGAAAUACAUGAGGACAAUGAGGAAGGAGUUCAACAGCAGAACUGCAAAACUCAUGUGCUAAUUUUGAUCCUGCAUGGGGGGAACAUCUUAGACGCUGGCGGUGGGGACCACAGCAGCAAGCAGGCAGACAUCAACACCUUCAGUUCUGUAUUUGAGAAAGUGACUCGAGCCCAUUUCCCUGCUGCUUUGGGCCACAUCUUAAUCAGACUUGUUCCCUGCCCAGCAAUCUGUUCAGCAGCUUUCUCUCUUGUUUCCAACCUAAAUCCCUACAGCUACGAUGAGAACUGUCUCAGCAGCAGUGAAGACCACAUUCCGCUGGCUGCCCUGCCCUUGCUGGCUGUUUCAUCCCCUCAGUACCAGGAUGCAGUUGCCAUGGUGAUCACUAGAGCCAAUCAAGUUUACAAUGAAUUUCUCAAAUCUACAGAUGGGGCUGGUUUUAAUGGACAGGUGUGUCUCAUUGGUGACUGCAUUGGAGGAAUUCUGGGCUUUGAUGCCAUCUGCUAUAAUUCUAAUACAGCUGAUGAGAGUCGGAACAGUAGCAGGAGAGGAAGCAUCAGCAGCAUCCAGGAUAAUCCCCUCUUAGCUGAGGACUCCAGUCUGGGUGGCAGCAAACGCCUGAGCAAAAGCAAUAGUGACAUCUCGGGAAUCAUGGAGGAUGAGAAGCCAAGGCAGCCGUUGCCUAGGAAACAGAGUGACUCAUCCACCUAUGACUGUGAUACUAUAACCCAACAUCAUGCUUUCCUGUCUAGCAUCCACUCAAGUGUGUUGAAAGAUGGUGCAGACUUUUCUCCUGUGAAUUCCAGUCUCUCAGAAGUAAACCUGGGCCGAUUUGAAUUCGAAGUGUCUGAUUUCUUCCUCUUUGGAUCGCCGCUUGGUUUGGUGCUGGCCAUGAGGAGCACUGUUCUACCUGGCCUGGAUGUAUGCCAGAUCCGCCCAGCCUGCAGCCAGGUGUACAGUUUCUUUCACUCCGCUGACCCCUCUGCCUGCAGACUUGAACCACUGCUGGAGAAAAGAUUCCAUCUCCUGCCUCCUUUCAGUGUCCCACGGUACCAGAGAUACCCACUUGGGGAUGGAAGAUCUCACCAGUUAGGCGAUGCUAUCCACAACCACAGUGCCCUGUUCCUUGAGAACAGCUCUUCGAACAUACCUUCCUCUCAGGAGAGUCCUGGAUCUCCAAAUGCAUCUGAUCAACCACAAGGGAAAACGAGAAAGUUGAGCUUGGCCAGCACCAACAGUGAGAACUCAGGGUCAACAGAAAGCUUACCAUCAGCAUACCUCACCAGCAUUAGCGCAAAGUGGUGGGGAACAAAACGGAUAGAUUACUCCUUGUAUUGUCCAGAUGUGCUGACAGCCUUUCCAACUGUGGCCCUGCCGCAUCUCUUCCAUGCCAGCUACUGGGAAUCGACAGAUGUUGUGGCCUUCAUUUUAAGACAGGUGAUGAGGUAUGAAAAUGUAAAUUUCAAGGAGAAUGACAACCUGGAUCCAGCAACACUAAGUCCAUCCAAUCAACGAGAAAAAUGGCUACGCAAAAGGACGCAUGUCAAAUUGAGAAAUGUGACUGCUAAUCACCGAGCUAAUGAUGUCAUUGCAGCAGAAGAUGGUCCUCAGGUGCUAGUUGGGCGCUUUAUGUAUGGACCUCUGGACAUGGUAGCUUUAACAGGUGAAAAGGUCGAUAUCUUCAUAAUGACCGAACCGUCUUCGGGUAGGUGGGUGUACUUUGACACAGAGAUAUCCAACAACAGUGGCCGGAUAUCUUACAGCAUACCCAAACAGAAGAGACUGCGAGUUGGUGUGUAUCCCAUCAAAAUGGUGGUCAGAGGGGACCAGAGCAGUGCCGCAAGUUACCUGACAGUGCUUCCUCGAGGGAUGGAGUGUGUUGUGUUCAGCAUUGACGGCUCGUUUGCAGCCAGUGUUUCAAUUAUGGGAAGUGACCCCAAAGUCCGAGCUGGGGCUGUGGAUGUUGUCAGGCAUUGGCAGGACCUGGGGUAUCUGAUCAUCUAUAUUACUGGCCGUCCAGAUAUGCAAAAACAGCGAGUGGUUUCAUGGUUGUCUCAACACAACUUCCCACAAGGGAUGAUCUUCUUCUCAGAUGGACUUGUUCAUGACCCACUGCGACAAAAGACCAUUUUUCUCCGGAAUCUCAUGCAAGAGUGCCACAUCAAAAUCUGUGCCGCAUACGGUUCCAUGAAGGAUAUUUCUGUGUACAAUGUCUUGGCUCUGUCGCCAUCCCAGAUCUACAUAGUUGGACGACCAACAAAGAAAUACCAGGCGCAGUGUCAAUUCCUCAGUGAAGGUUAUGCAGCCCACUUGGCCUCGCUGGAGUUCAGUCUCCAUUCACGACCCAAAAAGAACAACUCCCGGAUGAUCUUGAGAAAAGGCAGCUUUGGCCUCCACUCUCAACCCGAGUUUUUGCGCAAGAGAAACCAUCUCCGCAGGACUAUGUCUGUACAGCAGCCUGACCCACCUUCUUCGAACCCCAAGCCAGAGCGUGCCCAGAGCCAGCCCGAAUCAGACAAAGAUCACGAAAGGCAUUUGCCUUCCAUUGCUUGGGUUCGAGGUGGGAUUCACAAAUUUGAAUCUGUCCCCUAGGAAACUUGGGAAUACAGAGCUUGGGCGCACCCCGCCUAACUUGUAGGCACGCCUCAAAGAUAAUAUUUAGGCAGCUUCAACUAAGAAAUGCAGAGGGGAACCUGUACCACGGAGUCUUCCCUGCUCUGGAAUCUGCCUUCUUACACCAACCGAGGAACUUCCAGUCUGUUCCUCUUGACGUGUUUAUUGGGAAGUUUUGAAACUAUCUGAAACUAUCGCAAGUGCUUAUAACAUAACAGCGACAGGAAGUAUCUUUGGUUCUUUUUUACAAUAGAUAUAAUAAAAUGUGCAAUAAGAGAAAAAGCUGUAACAGGCUGAUUAUACUCAGAAGGAGGAGGAAUUGUGGUAUCAGCUAACGAGCUGCACCCGAAACAGGAUAAACAGUAGAUCGGCAGGUUACAGAGAAGGUUUACACUUUAAACAUUAAAUAGUUGCACCUGUUCCCACUUCGCUUUCCAUAGUGAUACACUUGCAAGGGAAGCAGAGGCGGGAACUACAAUAAGGGUGGUCAGGAUUUGUUCUGUAAGAUGCUUUUUGGGUGACUUAAAUGCAAGGUUUCCUUUCAGCUUACACAGUGUUGGUCAACGGACACCAACAUGGGCACUCGUGUUUGAGGUGCUGGACAUCACGUAAAUGGAAGACCACCACUUAUGAACCAAAUCGUAUAAACUUCAUGUUAGAAAUAAAUGUGUCUGCUGCAGUUUGAAGCAGUAAGUGUUGCUGUAUACAAAGUAAUGUGCAAGUGUACAAAAAUCACAUUGUUUUGUGGAACUUGGUGACUGUGCAAAAAUGUGGGGACUGCUCCAAGUAAGGAGAUGGCUCUGACCAUCUCGGUCCAAAACAACCUCAGAUGGUAAGCUAACAGGCGUCCUUUUACUAAGGGAUCUGUGAACUUUAGAGCAAUCACUUUUUUCAUUAUUCUAACUGGAAUCUUUGAACUGGAGGAGGAAGAAAAAAACCAAUGGAAUUCUUAUGGGUAAAUUGUUCACCGUCUCGUGCUUUAUAGCAAGUGCUGUGUUAAGACAGUCUGUAGCAUUCAGUGUUACAGCAUUUGAGCUUCAAAAAAUGGACGUGCCAAAUUACAGGUGCCAAAUAGAUGUUUUCCUAAUGAUUUAAAUUUCUCUCAGAUCUCUCAGUGAAUUUAAUAGAAGUAAAAUGUGAAAUUUUCCCUAAGUGGUAGUAUUUCUGAAGUGUAGUAGUUAAACAUCGCAGCAGUUUGCAGAUUCUUCCUGCAGAUUCUUCCACUGCACUGAAUUCACCAGGGGAACUUUCAUGACUAAAGCAUGUUUUGAAACCUGCAAUGAAGUUAAAAGUGCCCAUAAAACCUCUUUUCUUUAGAAGUUACAACCAGACUACUGACACUGAGAAAGCUUAAAGUCAAUAGGAGAUUUCUUUUUCAGGUUUGUUGGUUUGUUUUUCAUUUCAGGCAGUUGGGGUGGAGGGUGUUGUCCCUUCCUCUCAUCUCCUCCCCUCUCUUCCAGGUUUUCCUAGCCUGUAGCUAGACCAGAAACAGUCUCUCAACAAGUCUGUUGGUUAAUGAUUUUGAAAGUUGACAUGUAGAGCAAACAAGAAAUGCAGAAGUAAACCUCAAUCUAUGCUCUCUAUUCACCCAAAAGUUUCGGUGUGCUUUUUGAAGGGCGCAGUGAUGUGGGGUUUGCCUCAAAAAAGCAGCAAAGGAGCUUAUAAAAGAAGGUCUUUGGUUUAUUGGGAAGACUGUCAGUUAUCUAUUUCAAACUUCCUGAAGGAUCUUGGGCGCAUCAGUAAUUUGUUUUUCAUAGUGCUUCCUUUAAGAGAAGGUGUAAUCUUUGCUGGAGAUUUAGGAAGGAGAUGAAAAGCCCUUCACAGAGCACUGGGCUUCUCUGGUCUGUUGCCAAGUCAGCCAGCUCACAAAAGCUACCUGAGAAAUAGCCACAAACUACAUUGAAGCAGUCUUCAGGUAUCCAAACACUUUCCCAGUAGUAUCACACCUAGUUCUUUAACACACAAACUUAGAGAUAUUGCUCUGUGUUCCGCUGUGGCUCUGUGUGUUAGUUUUAAUCUCUUUGCCUGCCCUCUGCAGCGAGGAGGAGAUGCACGGGGAUGCUGACCCGGUCUCCUGCCGCUCAGGUCGCUGUUAGCGUGCUCCUGGAGUAGGGAUGGGAACCCAAGGUUUGAACUCACUAGACAAAUUUUAGAUGUGCUGAGGGGACCUAAAAGCAACACUGAUUGUUCAUAAAGUUGGUUUUACGCACUGGUUGUUGUGUAGCAUCUCUCCUGACAGCAAAGUUCAACACUAAUGUCACUUUAGCCAUCGAUCUCUACUAUCCAAGUGACUCAAAAAUCUGGGUGGUUUAUGGUUUAAGUUGCUGUAGUAGAAAGUCCGACUUCCUUUCAAAAGAGGGACCGGUAUGUAAUGCUGUGACUGUAUUAAAUGAACGAGCAUCUGAGCACAAGGUUAGAGACAUUGUCUGGGUUGUUAAGGCCUGUCUUUUACUUUGCAGACACACCAUCAUUUUGCAGGGUACCAUGUCAUGCAAACUCUGAUUUUUGUGCAUUAAUAACUGGGUCAGUUUAGAGUAGCCACUGUGCUGGUUUCUUUUUAAGAACUUCACAAGCUAAUAGCAGUAAAAGAAAUGUGUGCGUGCACGCAUUUAGGGUGGUAACGGUUCAAAGUUUCUACACAUGGUAUUGAAAUCAAGCUGAAAAUAUUUUCCCAAACCUAAUUUCUGAUAAUAUAGGAGAGCUCACGUGGCCUUGGCGUAAUUGCAGCAGUACUUAUUGCUCAGGGACAGGGUGGUUUGUCUCCUGGUCACAUGCCUCCAGCUGAGCACGUUGGUGGACAGUGACAGACGUUAGCUUGGAGGUUAAGGUUUCGUGUGGGUUUGGAG